AUGUUUGAUUUUUCAGUAUUACAACCUAAAUCACAUGAUGAUAAAAAGAUUGAAUAUUUAUCAGACGAUACGCGAAUGGCUCAUGUGAGAGAUAGCAAUUUCGUUGGUGAAAAUUCUGAAACGGAAUUGGAAAUGCAAAAAUGGACUACAUCUCAGUCAAACGGUUCGCGGCAAAAUUUGCUGGGAACAUCUUCCACUUUUUCAGACGACAUGUCAUCACAUCGUGAGAGUGACUGUACAACAGGGGAAAGUGGUAACUAUGAUUGUGGUCUUCAAGCAAUCACGCAUGCUCCUUGUUCAUUCGAUUUUAGCAAUGAAUAUUCUACUCCACCUCAUGAACAGUAUAAUGAAAAACAUGAUUCCGAUUUUGCUCGUGAAAAUGAUUAUAAAUUUUAUGCGGGAAACAAUGAGAAAAGAUAUCGAAUAGAAGGAUCAGAAAAUGGUAUUCAUGUUGACGGUGUUGAAAUAGACGAUACAUGGCAAAAUGAGGGAGAAGAGCCGAGAUGGACGGAUCGAAAACAACGCAUGUGGACAACAGUUUUUAAUGAGGAAGAGGAAAAGUUAGAGGAUAAUGAUGAUUAUUCUUCAGAAACGACAGAUAAUAGAAGUAGUGUUGUUGGAAAUGUACAAUCGAGAAUUGAUUUGAAUUCUUAUCAAAGUGCGCGUCUUGAUGAUGAAAAAUCUCAAAAUGACGUUCAUGAACCACAAUUUCUGCAAUUAAAUAAUGUUAUAUCAUCUAUACAUCGCACCCAGUCAUCAUCUGAUGCGCUCGAUAAGCCUAUAGUGCCUGACGAAGUUCCUGAUCCAUUCUUUCACCAUGGUAAUUCAAACGGUGAUGAAAUGCAACGAACACGGCCAGAAAUUAAAAUAACUGAUCAUGAUAAAGAUAAAGAACACCGUGGAGAUGAUGAUUCGGAUGUAGAAACAAGUCCUUCAUCAGAUGAAGACGAUUAUCCUGAUCAGGCAAUUUCCAUUAUCAUUAUUCAUAAAAUUAAAGCAUGA